AUGUCUGCCCCUUCGCCAUCCACCACCACCUCAGACGGUUCUAGUGACUCUCGUGGCCGUGGUCGAGGUCGAGGCAAAUCACGCGGCGGCCUAGGGAAGUACCUCCGCGCGAAAGGCCGACGAGGGGGUGGUCGUCCCGCUGUCUUCGGCAAGAGAUUAUUGCUAGAUGGCGAGGAACCUCCGGAUGAGGAGGACGAGGAGGCAGCUAGAGAAUUAGAACAGAAGUUCUCGAGGAGGCAGCUAGGCUCUAAUGCAGAUCGAUAUGCUGAACCAGAACCAGAGUUAGAUUCGGACGGGGAACCCAUCGUCGAGCCCGAGAUUGAUCUAUCGCAUUUUCUGGAGCGGCAGAGGAUAUCGGACGAGUCUGCUCUCCCAGGGAUACCGCUGGGUAAAGACGCUAUAGAAGAUGAUGACGAGGACGUCGAUCAUUCCUUAUCGAAAAUAUUACCAUCGUCCUCAAGAACGCCUGCUGCUUCAUCGAAGAAGGGUCGCGUGUCGCAGAUCGAAUGGGAUAAAGAUCUAGCUCAACUGAGCAAAGAGAAGGCAGCCGCGGACGCUGCUCGGGACCUGAAGGAACGAUUCUCAGCGAGGGCAGAGCACCUGCGGAAUAAACCAGCCGUCCCAACCCGUCUUACGAUCAAAGAAGAUGAACUCAACCUGCCCCCAGCAUUACCCCCCGCUGACGGUUCGUCGCAUCCUCAAAAGGGGUCGAAAGCAGAGAUGGAGGCUUUCCUCGACGAAUUGUUGGAUUGA